AUGACAGAGGUGCCGUCGCAAGAGCAGGCCAAGAAAACUGGUUUGGCUGCGGCAGCAACCACAAAAUAUCCGAAUUAUUUGGCGGACCGCGAGCUAUGUAAACGUUUUUUUGAGGAGUUCCGAGAUCUAUCUGGCACCUUGAAGUAUAUAGAGAUUUUAAGAAGAAUAGCUUGUAGAGAGUUGAAACUUUUCAUAUUACAACUGGACGAUAUAGCCCAUUACGGACAAUUGUAUCUUGCUCAGCGGAUACAAAUGAAUGUCAUGGGCUAUUCUGAAGAACUGUGUCGUGUCAUCGAUGAACUCAUCCCACAGACCGAGAUAGUAGAAGACAUGGUUGAUUACCUAUUAGUUGAGGCAAAGGCCGCCGGCCAAUCCUUACCUUCCUUAUUAACAAGAAGGUACGAGCUGAUCAUUGUGCCAUUGAGUGGCUACGCCGAACCGAUUCCACUAAGACAUUUAAAGGGUAGCUUAAUCGGCACUCUUGUGGUCUUGCGUGGCAUUUGUAUUGCAGCCACCGCGGUUCGUCCUAAACUUUCUGUGCUGGUUUCGGUUUGUGAAGUGUGUGCUGAGACAACAUUUCAACAGGUGGUUGGGGAUCGUCUCACCCCACUUAUGGUGUGCCAAUCGCAACGUUGUAAACUAAAUAAUACCAUAGGCCGUCUACUUCCUCAAUACAAGGCCAGUAAAUUUACAAAGUACCAGGAACUCCGGCUUCAAGAACUUCCCCAGGAUGUUCCUCGAGGUGCUAUACCACGUACAGCUCGUGUUAUUUGUGAGGGUGAACAGACACGGAUUGCUUCCCCAGGACAGGUGAUUAAAAUUACCGGAACGUAUUGCCCAGAUCCCUCUACUGGACAGGGCCAUGAGGCAUUUCGAGCUUCUACCAUGGUAAAG